ACGCUGACGUUUUACUAUCUGAAAACCUGUCAUGUCAUAAUUGUGUACAAUGGGGAAGUUGCCGUUUAUUUUAUGCAUAUUUUUACUUUUACAAAUGUGCGUGUGGGGAGAAGAUGGUCAAGAGCCUCCAACGCACCACAUAAUAAGACACACACAUAAUCACACACUCGGUGUUUUCGAAAAAGCUGGAGUCGUCACAAAUUCGGAAAUCUGCACCAAUAUUGCUCUAGAUAUCCUCGCCGAUGAUGGAUCGGCUGUAGACGCCGCCAUCGCUGCCCUUCUAUGUGAAGGCAUCACUAAUCCACAGAGUAUGGGAAUCGGGGGAGGUUUCCUAAUGUCGAUUUACGACGCCGCCACUCAGAAAGUCGAUGUGUUAAACGCUAGAGAAGUGGCCCCACUGGCUGCAUACCCUGAAAUGUUUUCCAAACUGCCAAAAACAACAGAUAAUAAGGAUAUUGCAAUAGGUGGAUUGUCUGUGGCUGUGCCCGGUGAAUUGAUGGGAUACUGGGAGGCACAUAAGAGGUACGGAAAGAUAAGUUGGUACGACCUGUUCAGGCCUGCUAUUGAUCUCGCAGCCACAGGUCAACGCGUUACUCCGUACACGGCAGAUAUGAUUAGAAAGAUCCAGGAAGAUAUUUCUAAAUCAACAAGCAUGAAGGUAUUGCUUACCAACCCAGAAACGAAGAAUUUAUAUAAAGUUGGCGAGAUCAUGCAACGCCCUACAUUAGCUGACACGUUGGAAGUAAUUGCACAGAAUGGACCAAAUGCCUUGUACGAUGGAUGUCUCACAGAUGAUUUUGUGCAGGAUAUUCGUGACAAUGGAGGAAUAAUUACACGCGAAGACUUGCGGAACUACAAGGCCAGUUGGGAAAAACCGGUCGAGCACUUCAUAGGCAACUAUGCGAUUUAUUCAGCUGGUAUUCCUGGAUCGGGGCAGCUGUUAAUGUACGUCUUAGAUGUGAUGGCAAGUAAACUGUGCAAUGUGGACGCGUCAUUUUGGCAUCGUUUUGUUGAGACCUGGAAGUUCGCCUUUGGCAUCCGUGCGGGUUACUCCGGGGGUGAGAUGUCGGGGGCGGACAAACCCGAUUCUAAAGUUGACCCAGCGCUGGUGGAACAAAUCUUGACAAAGAUUGAAGAUACCUGUACUUCCAAUGAUCCCAAGGACUACCUUCUGGACAACCCUGAGGUUCCAAUCGCCGAAGAUCAUGGCACCUCCCAUAUUUGCAUAUAUGCCCCAAAUGGAGAUGCUGUCUCCGUCACAUCUACCAUUAACUUAUCAUUUGGAGCUUUGUUUGUUUCCGAGACUACUGGGAUAAUAUUAAAUAAUGAAAUGAUUGACUUCUCUAUACCAAACCAUUACGAUUUUAAGAAUAGCCAAUCAGCUAACCAAAUUAUCCCCAAACACUACCCAAUGUCUACCAUGUUACCAACAAUCGUCCUGGAUCUACGCAAGGGAAGUGUUCGCCUUGUGAUAGGAGCAGCUGGUGGUUUUAAAAUCCUUAGCGCAACCUCACUUGUUAUAUUGCAGAACUUGUAUAUGGGAACUCCUUUGAAAACAGCUAUUGCCACAAGAAGAUUGCACCAUCAACUGAACCCAAUGGUUGUAGAAUUUGAAGAAGGGUUCGAUGAAAAAAUACUGAUGAAAUUACAAAAAAUUGGGCACGUGAUGCAACCCUUAGACAGUUUAGAACGCACGAAUAGCAGUUCAAGUAUGGCGACCUAUUCCUGCGUAAAUGGUAUUUCCAUUGUGAAUGAUUUGAUCUUUCCUGUGGGUGAUCAAAGGCGUCGAACAUAUGCUGGAGGCUUAUAAAAAACAUGUUGAGCAAGUGGAGUUGCGAACAAAUAUUUCGCUGAUGACAAUCUAAUAAAACAUGCAUAGUAAUAUAAUAUACACAUCUCUAUUAAUAAAUAUAUACCUUGACUAGA